UAUUUAGUCUCAAAUCCAAAAAAAAAACAAAAAAACACACUUCACUUUCUUCCUUCAUUAUUAUCUUUUCGUUCUUUCUGGUCACACUUUUCUUCUUCCGUUCCCUAACACACACUUGCCGAAUCUCAGAAAAAAAUAUCUAAACUCUCUCUAUCUAAUCUAAUAAUUAUUCUUCUUCUUUUUCCAAUUUUCAUCUCUCUCAUCUUCACCCUUUCAAUUUCAUUCCUCCUCCAUUCAAUUCAAUCCAAUCCAAUCCCUUUUGACUUUCUCGAUCCAAAAUCCAACAACACCACAAAACAGAAAAUCGGUUACAACAAGAAGUGAAUGGGGGAAGAAGUUCGAACAGACGAAGAACGCGUAACGGACUGGGAAAAAGGUUUACCCAAUCUUCACGAUCUAACUCCACUUUCCAUGGCGUUAAUUCCACCGGAGUUAGCUUCCGCUUUCAGCAUCUCCCCGGAGCCUCACCGUACACUCAUCGACGUCAACCGCGCCUCCCGCAACACUCUCUCAAUUCUCCGAAACUCCGGAGGAACAGGAACAAAUCACCACAAUAACUUCUCACCAGAACCAGAAGAAGAAGAUGAAGAAAUCGAAGAUGAAACCGAUCGAGAUGGUUCAGGAUCUGAUUCACGAAAACAUCGGAAACUCGAUUCGGUUACGGAGGAAGCGGAUUCGGCGGUUAGAACGACUGAAACGACGUUAAAACGGCCGCGUUUGGUGUGGACUCCACAGUUGCAUAAAAGAUUUGUUGACGUAGUUGCGCAUCUUGGAAUAAAAAACGCGGUUCCGAAAACGAUUAUGCAGUUGAUGAAUGUUGAAGGAUUAACACGUGAGAAUGUUGCUUCUCAUUUGCAGAAAUAUCGUCUUUAUUUGAAGAGGAUGCAAGGUCUUUCAAAUGAUGCACCUUCUUCUUCUGAUCAUCUUUUUGCAUCUACACCUGUUCCUCAGAGUUUGCAAUUGCAGCAACAUGAAUCUGUUUCUGCUAAUAAUCAUUCUCAUUCGCAUUCGAAUGGACAUGGAAUUGGGAAUGGGAAUAAUUCGCAUUCGCAUCAUUCUGUAACUAUUCCUAUGCCAUAUCCGCCACCUCCGACGAUGAUGACAAUGCCGCCGAUGCUUGGUAUGGGACAUCAUCAUCCUCAUCAUCAUCCACAUGGUCCUAUGGGGAUGAGUUUGCCUCCUCCUUCUGGUUCUAACUCGUAUCGGUCGCAUCCGUUUAAUAUGAUGCAUCAUAGGGACUGGCCUCCGAAUCCUCACUCUCAUCAUCCUCAUAUGUCUGCUAAUGAUAGUAAUAAAUAAAAGAGAUUAUAUUAAUCUCUUCAGGUUAUAGCAUUCAAAUGAUUGAAACGUUUGAUUGUUGGUUGUAACUUAAAAAUGUCUGGGAAGUAGCUGCGUCAAUCAUCUACUCGCACAAACAGAUUAUUGAAGAAGUAUAUGAAAACUCUAUGGAGCUAAAUUACAGUCUGAAUCAGAAGAAUGUACCCUAUUCGCUGAUUCACAAACUUUUUGGCGCACAUCUAAUUCCUGUCACAUAAAUGUAGGUGGUGAAUGUGAAUUGUGGCAUGUCUGACUCUUCUGGGCCACCGAGACAGACAGUUGAUUCUAAAGUAACUUCUAAGCUAGUUAGUUAUCUGAUUCAUAUAUUGUUAAGUGCUAUUGAAGUACUAUUGUUCUGUGUAGUGUGUACUCCUGAAAAUGUUAACCUUCUUUUUCAGAACCAUUGCAGCAUUGAAUAAAAGAGAGACUGAAAAACAGUCAGCUACCAUUUGUAACAUGCUCUGUGGUAUAACUGUAUUUGCUAUACCUUAAUGUUCGUGAUUAUUAGUGUUUUAUUUAACAGACGUUUCAUUUUCUUAAA